AUGAUAUAUUCCCAAGACAAAGCGGCAUACAAAAACGAGUUCCUAGAAUUCCUCAAAACAGACAUCAUCGACUCCUGGUUCCAAAACGGGCCAAAGCUAUUCUACAACUACGGCAAGACCCGGCAAAUAUCAAGUACCAGGACUGCACGCUUCAAAAUAGAGACUGAUAGUCUCCGCGAUCCAGGCUGGUUGAAUGUCCAGGUGCUGGAUUACGAAUACGAAGAAGUCGAUGUGGAAAAUGGAUUUUUCCCGGGUUUCGAGGAGGAAAUUUCGCGUAGAGUUCGAGCGGAAAUAUGGGCACCGUAUCCGAAUCCGAAUAAGUGUGUAAGAUGGAUUUAUGAUGAGAAUUUGAAAGCUGCAUUUUUAAGGUCUUUUGAGAAUAUGUGGCCGUUGGGGUAUUCGAGAGAGCAGCUUGUGUUGAGGAUGGAUCCCCGGCAGGCUGUUGACAGGAUUCGGAGUACGGACUUGGGGGAGACGCCGAAGAGGAUUUUGGAAGGGGGGUUUGAGAUUAGAACCACUGUCUUCAGGAGGGUGGAGGGAGUGUUGGAGGGGAGUGUGAAGGUUUUGGAGUUGCCUGUUAGAGAUGUUGAUGGGAAGUUGCCUAAGGAGGUGGUGGUUGUGGAGUGGGAUGCGUCUGAGGAUAGGACUGCGUUGGAUGGGAAUCUUAAUGAGAGGGUUGUUGAGGGGUUGAGGAUUAAGUUGUCUUUGAGGCGGUUGAUGACGAAAAAUAGAUUAGAGGUGGAAAAGGAAUGA